UGGACCAUCAAGGUUUAACAUGCUAACAGAAAGUUCUUUGGGCUUUCUGAAAAAGCUGAGCCUUGCUUGCAAAGCACCUUUGGACUCCAACUGAGCACGGCUGCCCCAGCACAGGCUCAGCCAGCUCUGCUGUGACCCACUCCUGGCCAGGCACUGGCAGGCAGCAGCUCAUAGAAUCAUAGAAUGGUACGGGUUGGAAGGGACCUUUAGAGAUCAUCCAGUCCAACCACCUUGCAGAAGCAGGUUCACCUAGAUCAGGUGGCACAGGAAUGUGUCCAGGCAGGUCCUGAAGACCCAUGGUCCUGGCCACUGCUCCCGCUUCCCAGCUGCUUGAGUGCCUUGCAAAGAGCUAAAAAUAUACAUCUGUGUGAGUAAUCACUACAGCUAGAGCAGGGGACAGACAGGGAGGGCAGCUGGGCACUGCCACUGCAACCAGGAGGUGCGGUGCCUUGGCAGAUGGGCAACAGAGAGGGGCCAGGCUGGGACGGGCAGGUUGCUGCUGGUGCCUCUGGUGUAGAUCCCAGCACCUCCCCGUUUUUAUCUCAUACUGGAGCUGCAGCACGUGACACAGCCCGUAAGAGGGGCUUCACCUCGCUGCGUGUGUUUGGCAGGGAAUGAGCACCGAGCAGCACCUCACAGCUCCCCAGCACCUCACCAAGGAGCAGGAUGCCAACAGCUCAGCCUCUGCCCUCGCCGAGCACUGGCCCUCACCGCGGUUCACGGCCGCAGCCGGGGUCCGUGUGGCGGUCACGGCCGUGCUGUUCGUGGUGGUGGCCGGCAGCAAUGCGGCGGUGCUGGGCAGCCUGCGAAGGAAAGGCGGCAAGUGCCACGUGAGGCCGCUGCUCCUCAGCCUGGCGCUGGCCGACCUGCUCGUGACGCUGGCGGUGACGCCGCUGGACGCGGCCUGGAACGUGACGGUGCAGUGGUACGGAGGGGACCUGUCCUGCAAGCUCCUCAACUUCCUCAAGCUCUUCGCCAUGUACGCGGCCGUGCUGGUGCUGGCGGUCAUCAGCCUGGACCGGCACGCGGCCGUGCUGCCGCCCUUCUCCCGCGCUCGCCGCCACAACAGGCUUCUGCUCCACGCCGCCUGGGCUGCCAGCCUGCUGCUGGCCUCGCCGCAGCUUUUCCUCUUCCACCUGUGCACAGCCCCAGGAGGGAACUUCACCCAGUGUGUGACUCACGGCAGCUUCCAAGCACACUGGGAGGAAACUGUCUACAACAUGUUCACCUUCACCACGCUCUACAUCAGCCCCCUGAGUGUCAUGGUCAUCUGCUACGUCCGGAUCCUCUGGGAGAUCAGUAAACAGCUAAAGAUCAACAAAGGUUUGUUGGGAAAUCAAAACAACCACAUCUCCAAGGCACACAUGAAGACUCUCAAGAUGACCACAGUGAUUGUUGCCACUUUCAUCAUCUGCUGGACCCCUAACUACCUCCUGGGCUUGUGGUACUGGUUCCAGCCAGCUAUGAUCCAGAAGAUGCCAGAGUAUGUCAACCACAGCUUCUUUCUCUUUGGCUUGCUGCACACAUGCACUGGCCCUGUCAUUUAUGGACUGUACACCCCCUCCUUUUGGAAGGACGUGCAGUCAUGUCUCAGGGGAAUUGAAACAGCCAUUACCAGGCACGAGAGGCACAAACCCGUCUCAGCCUCAGAGAACAACGUCAAAGAUGGUGCUGUAAAUGGCGGGGUGGCAUCAGGGGGCUCCAAUGGGACAACUGUCAACAUGGUCUGCUGAAGAGAUGUAGCUGCAAGGAGAUGGGAGGCAAAGCUUUGGGGGCUGAUUUGUCCCAUAGGAUCGUUCUGGAGACUCUCAUAAGGAGAUUUGCCACCCAGCUUUGGUGGGUGAGGGUCUCUGGCAAGAAACUGGGAAUGUGUCUCCUGCGUGUAUUCAGGGUGAAGAACAUUUGGGGAUGUUUAUGGCCAUUCCUCCAUGUUCUGGGAGCCCCACUGACAACUAGAAAACCAUCCUUUUUGUACCCUACACAUGACUAAGCCCUGAUCUUGGGAUCAAACACCUGCCACACUUCCAUCAUUGACCCUUGGGAAGACACAUGCUGUCUCCUCCAUGGUCCAAGGUGGACAAUCUCUAAGUACCCUUCGCACCUACACCAAAGUGCAGAGCUACACAGAGGCACAGCACUGUGUAGUGUCACCCUGACAGGCUGCAAAGGUCCAUCACAGGUUUUUACUCCAUUUUCUCCACCUGCUGUAGGGAAAGCUCUCUGGAAACAUUGGCACUGCUGGCUCAGGGCCUGUCUGGUUCUGCCACAACCAUGUGCGAAGCUCUGGGAAGGCUGUACAUCUUGGAGGAGUGACUGAUGCAGAGACAUUAGUCCUCCUGAGCUGCUGCCAUGGUGGGGAGGGAGGAGGUGCCGUGGGGAUAGAGUGGCUUGGGCAAGAGGGUUAUGAAGAACCACAGUGGGAUGGAAUGUCAUAGGAUGAGAUGGAAUAGGAUGGGAUGGAACAGAAGAUUCUCCUCCUUUUUGGACAUGCCAGAAGGGAAAAAGAGUCCCUGCUGCCUUAUUCUUGCAUGUAGAACGUGGCAGGAACACAUCCUCACACAGCAGCUCUCUGGGAUACAGAGUAUUUGGGGUAACCAGAACCAAGCCCCACGCUGCUCAGCCCCUCUUGACUGUCUCUGUCCCCAAGGGACGAGCAGGCAGGUCACAGACCAUGUCCUAGGCUGUUGGGCUGGACCUCACACCUGCACCUCAUCUCUGCCCCACACAGGGUGGGUGCAGCCAGCUCCCAGGUGGUGUGUGAGCUGUGCUAAUGAGGAAGGCUAUUUGAAGCAGCUGUGGGGGCUCAGGGCCUUUGGCUGCUCUGUGAGAGUGAGGGAGCUGUUGGAGGGAUCAUCUGGGCUCUGGUGAGUAAAAUGGAUUUUUUUGCUUUUCACUGAUGUGGCAGAAGUUGCUUGUGGGGGCGAAUGUCUCUGAGUGUGCGUUGAGGAGCGUUCUAUGACUCUAAGUGGGUUUGCUCAACUGUGUUACUCCUUCCUGUGUAAGCAGAAACAGUGAGUUAUUUCCUUGUUCGUUCUCUGAUGAUGCUUCUUAAAUGCAUUAUUUGGUUUUGGGGAGUUUAGUUUUGAGCCAAGGGGAGUUUUGGUGUUUCUGUUUGCUAUGUGAAAUCUUUGGUUCGUGGACUCUGCAGGAGCCAGGUCCCUGGGCAUUUUCUGUGGCCAUUGCAACUUUGAAUGAGCAUUUAUCAAGAUGGAAGAGCUUUGUUCUAAAAACAACUCUUGAUUGGUUAUGGUUGCAUGUGUAGAGAAGCUGGGAGAGGUUUCCCCCUCGCCCUGAGAAAGCAAAUCUCCUUUAGGCACUGAGGGGGCUUUCUCAAACCUGUCCCCAAGAGGGGAUGGAUCCUGCAGGAGCCCAGACCCAGUGGUGGAGGCUAGUGUGAGCCUUUGAGGAAACAUCCAAGCUCUAAUGUGAUGCACAAUUGUUGUUUGGCUUUCCUGGGCUUGUUCUGCCUGAGGUAUUAAAAGAGUUUCUUGUAAGGU